CUCUCAACGUUGUGAAAUUCAAUCAUGGCGGAUCCGUUGUCGUUGUUGCGACAAUAUAAUGUCCAAAGAAAAGACAUACUAGAAAAGGAUGACUACAUCAGCUUUGACGAAUUUGCAUUCCACAAGACUGCCAAGACAAAUUACAUCAUAUACAGGACACAACCAAAGGAGUACUACACGUUGGAAUCCAUGUUAUUUUUGUUGAAAAAUGUGCAUCUUUCACACGCAAACUAUGUACAACGUGCAGCAUCCUCGAAAAUCCCGGUGAUCAGAUUGCCCGACAAAAAGGCUCUGCUUAGUUAUUUGAACGGUGAAACAGAAACUUCAUCGAGCAUCGACAAAAGUGUACCUCUUGAACUGCCAACACAGAGGCCUUCGGCAAGAGUAGAGAACUUGAAAAGGCCUGGGGAGGAUGGACAUGAUGGAGAUUUCAAACGACCUAAAGUCGAGGAAGAACAAGUUCAACGUGAUAAGAAAAGACUGGAAGCUCGUCUCGAAGGACACAAAGAAGAGACAGUUACAACAGAACAAAUUCGAUCCUUGAGUGACACGAUGUCUGCAGAAAAGAUUGCGGCUAUAAAAGCAAAACGUUUGGCAAAAAAACGAACCACAAUUAAAGUGGAUGACGAACUUGAUUCUGGUGUUCUUGAGAGACGUGUUUUUGUCGACGCUGAAGUGGAUGUGACACGCGACAUAGUCAGUCGUGAAAGACUCCUUCGCACGCGAUCCAGUGUUUUACAAAGUUCGGGAAAGCAAUUCCUCAAGAACAUUCUGGCCAUCCUUCAAUCGGUCAAGGCCCAAGAAGACGGUUCCUCCGCAAAACAAGCUCAGAAACCCGCUCCGGCUGCGGAACCUCCAAAGAAGAAACCGCCUGUAGCCGUCUCAUACAACAGAUACGAUCAGGAACGCUUCAAUCGUAAAGAAGAAACGGAAGGAUUCAACAUCGACACGAUGGGAACCUAUCACGGAUUAAGUUUGGAUCGUGUAAAGGAAGGCGUUCAUAAGACCGACCAAAAACGCUCGUCGCAUUCUUCCAACCAAAAUAGACCGUCCAGAUCAUCUCAAUCGGGUCUACAGAAGCCAGCCCAGCAAUUGCCUCAAAAGAGGGAAUCUCGAACACCUAUCAUUAUAAUACCUGCUGGUGCGACAUCUCUAAUCUCGUUGUUCAACUGUAAAGAUUUGCUACAAGAUUUCAGAUUUGUGUCAAGUAACGAUAAAAAACAAGGCGGUGCUCGGAAAGAAAACGAAGUACUAAUUCAACGUCGUAAAGAAACAGUCGUUAAUGGAACGGCGGGAAACGUGACUGUACCCUACAGGGUCAUUGAUAAUACUCAGAGACUUCAACCUAACGACUGGAAUCGUGUUGUCGCUGUAUUUGUUCAAGGGCCAGCGUGGCAAUUUAAAGGAUGGCCAUGGCUUGCCAGCGAUGGUUCACCAGUCAAUAUUUUUACAAAAGUUAAAGCAUUCCAUCUGAAGUUUGAUGAAAUGGCAACGGAUGCAAAUGUAAAGAAAUGGGACGUGCAUGUGCUUACAAUAAGUCGCAGUAAACGUCAUCUUGAUCGUGCUUCAGUGCUAAAGUUCUGGGAAGCUCUGGAUAAGUUUAUCAUCAAGACGAAACCUCAUCUGAGAUAUUAAAGAUUUGCAAAAAUUAUGAAUAUGUAACAUUUGAUUUUUCACCAUGCCAUAUAAAGUAGCAUCACAAUACAACUUGUGUUUUUCUCAUACUAGUGCAUUUUUGAGAAAUUAAAUUUAGACAACCUAACAUGUUUGCAACUCGAAAACAAGCGGGGUACAAAUUGACCUCAAGAAAGUACAUUGUAAAUUUUUCCAUUGAAUACACACAGAGGCCAAAGGAAUUUUCUGAACAUUGUGAUUUUUAAGUUAUUUGGAAUUGCAACAAAAUUGUUUAUUUGUACCCUGUUUAGUCCCACAACAUCCAUGUAUGACUAAUGUUGUAAUUUCAACUAGACUAGCAAUCAAUUAGUGUAGGUGAACUUAUGUUUAAUUUAUUUAAUGUUGGUGCAGAAGUGUAAGUAAAAUACAUAGCAGAAACUUCAGAAUAUAUGCGUUAUGCGAUGUGUUCAAAAUCGA